CUCUGUCCACCGUAAGAACAAACAAAUCUCAAAAGAACGAUCCUUAAAAAGCCGUGGGACCGGCCACAAAAAGUGUCCAGUGAACACUAGGGUAACACAAAUCACUUCCUGUUUAACUAUCAAGUGUGACGUAAACACAACUCUUAGGAUGCGGACAGCCAAAAAGUGUCAGAGUACAAACUAUACUCCAUAGCAUUAUAUACUCCUGAGGCUUCAACGACGGGCACUAAACUAAGCAGAUUCCUACAUACGAAAACCACUCGCGGUACAAAAAUCCACCGUUGCAAAGAAUUCAGUCCACUUAGUUAUUCCACCUGGAUGUAUCGACCAAAUAUUCACACUGCGCCAGGUCCUGGAACAUAGGCAUGCUUACAGACGCCCGACAAUAGCUGUAUUUCUCGACCUGAAGGCGGCAUUUGACUCCGUUGAUCGAGAAGUCUUAUGGCAGUGUCUGUCACUGAAAGGCGUGCCUAGUAAGUACAUCACCUUAUUGAAAGCUCUCUACUCGAACACUUGUGGGCAUGUUAGAGCCUAUGGUGAGUUGUCCAGGGAGCUAUACUCAUCAAGUGGUGUCCGUCAAGGAUGCCCACUAUCCCCAUUCUUAUUUAAUUUUAUCAUAGAUAUUCUUAUGGAGGUUUCCCUCUCGUCACCUAAUUACAAAGACGUUGACCCGAUCACAGGUGAAUUUUCCUUAGAUCUAGAAUAUGCAGAUGACAUAGUCCUGUUAGGUGAAGACGCUGACAAGAUGCAGAGUCUUCUGAACACUUUGAGUGGAAAUUUGAGAAUGUUUGGGAUGCGAUUUUCACCACCCAAAUGCAAAUUUUUGCUCCAGGACUGGUCUUCAGCGGUACCGCGGUUAACAAUAGAGAGUGAAGUAGUUGAGUGUGUUGACCACUUCACCUACCUGGGAAGUAGGAUCAACCCUGGUGGGUUAGUUGCCGAUGAGAUUUCUGCACGGAUACAAAAGGCUCGAUUGGCUUUUGCCAAUUUGCGCCACCUAUGGCGCCGCCGUGAUAUUCGUUUGUCUAUUAAGGGUCGCGUGUACUGCACAGCAGUCCGCUCUGUUCUACUGUAUGGCUGUGAAACAUGGCCAUUGAAAGUGGAAGACAUGAGAAGGUUACAGGUAUUUGACCACCGUUGCCUUCGUAGUAUAGGACGUAUUCCGUGGUGUCACCAUGUGAGUAAUGCAGAAGUUAGGUGUAGAGUUUUAGGGAGAAGAGGUAAGUCAGUCGACGAGGUUGUGAACCUUCAUCGACUGAGAUGGUUGGGACACGUACUACGUAUGCCUAGUCACCGAUUGCCUCGUCACACAAUGUUGGCUGAGGUGGGUCCAGGCUGGAAAAAGGCCCGAGGUGGCCAGACUAAAACAUGGCACCAAUGUAUGAAGUCUCUGACUGUUGGUUUAAGCCAUGUAGGACGAUGCAGACUAGGUGGUUGGGGUCCGCGGGACAAGAGGAACCAGUGGUUGGAGACCCUAGGUGAUAUGGCUCAGAACCGAUUUCAGUGGCGCAGAUGUAUACACACAUUAUCCUCAUCUUAACAACGCUAUGCCGAAUCUCACUAUUUUGUCACUCCUCUUUCCUUUCUUCUCAUACUUUAUAUUUCUUUUGACUGCAUUCACUUAUCUUCAUCCUUCACCUCACUACCUUUUUACUUGAUGUGCUGAUAUGAGGUGUGGCAACUCGGACCGUUACGCAGUAAUGCCUGGUCCUAUGUUGAUAAUGAUGAUGAUGAUCUUUUAACCUAUAAA